UCCACUCUGCGGCUUUACAACGACGAGCCGACCUGAAUAUCUAGAAAUGUAGACACAGGAAGCCGCAACGAGAGCUCUUCGUGUCCGCUGGUCAUUCAUCGUCUUAUUUACAUGAAUGAGUCCCAUCGGUUCGUGUCCACUCUGGACGGUGGAAAUGUGGACGCUGAAGACAGACACGGACCGGCCGAGUUUCUGCCAUCGCUACCGGCGGUGAAGAUGGCAAUGAUGGUGCGGUCGUGUUAUUUUCUCUGACUCUGAAACGUCACAUCCCAAACAAACAGACAAAUACGAGACGAGCGUCGUUGAACUUUCAAAAAUGAGGAUCUUCUUGUGUCUGCUGAAAAACACUAACCCCAAAAUCGAGUAUUACUCCCGAUUUUCACCGUCUCCGCUCUCCAUCAAGCAGUUCCUGGAUUUUGGCAGGGACAAUGCCUGUGAGAAAACAUCCUACAUGUUCCUGCGUAAGGAGCUGCCGGUACGGCUGGCCAACACCAUGAGAGAGGUCAACCUGCUGCCUGACAAGCUGCUCAGCCAGCCGUCUGUCAAACUGGUCCAGAAGUGGUACAUGCAGAGCUUCGUGGAGCUGCUGGAUUUCGAGAACAGGAAGGCAGAGGACCCUCACACUCUGAAUGAUUUCCUGGAAAUCUUGAUUGACAUCCGAAACCGCCACAACGACGUCGUGCCCACCAUGGCUCAGGGCGUCGUCGAGUACAAGGAGAAAUUUGGCUUUGACCCCUUCAUCAGCAGCAACAUCCAGUAUUUUCUCGACCGCUUUUACACCAACCGCAUCUCUUUCCGCAUGCUCAUCAACCAGCACACUCUGCUGUUCAGUAACGACACCAACCCCGCCCAUCCCAAACACAUCGGCAGCAUUGAUCCCAACUGCAGCGUGGCUGAAGUUGUUAGUGAUGCCUAUGACACUGCCAAGAUGUUGUGUGAGAAGUACUACUUAGCUGCUCCUGAGCUCAAGAUUGAGGAGUUCAACAUGAAAGCUCCGAAGAAGCCCAUCCAGGUGGUAUAUGUUCCCUCGCAUCUGUUCCACAUGUUGUUUGAGCUCUUCAAGAACUCCAUGAGAGCGACAGUGGAGCUUCAUGAAAACAGUAAGGAGGGGCUGCCGCCAGUGAAGGCGAGAGUCACUCUGGGUAAAGAGGAUCUGUCGAUAAAGAUCAGUGACAAAGGAGGAGGAGUUCCUCUGAGGAAGAUAGACCGUCUCUUUAACUACAUGUACUCCACUGCCCCGACGCCCAGCCUGGAGCCAGGAGCCGUCCCAUUGGCUGGUUUUGGUUACGGUUUGCCGAUUUCCCGGCUCUAUGCUCGAUACUUCCAGGGCGACCUGAAGCUCUACUCCAUGGAGGGAGUGGGCACAGAUGCUGUCAUCUAUCUGAAGGCUCUGUCCAGUGAGUCCUUUGAACGCCUUCCUGUGUUCAACAAGUCAGCUUGGCGGCACUACAAGACCAGCCCCGAAGCGGACGACUGGAGCAACCCCAGCAAAGAGCCGCGUGACGCCAGCAAGUCCAUAUACAAAGCCAACAGAUAACUCUGCAUGGCCUGCCAGCAUGAAACGGCUGCUCUCUGUGUGGAGCAUGUGCGCUGAAAUGUUGCCCGUGGGUAAAAGCUUCGUUUAGGAUGAGACUUGCUUUCACAUUGCACUGGUGGUGAAAGGUUUGUUAGGGUGUUGUGACCCGGAUUUACAUUUGCACCCAAUUGCAAAUAACCUUCUUUAGCGUAGCUUUUGUUGUUGUGGCUCAGAACAGAGUGAAAAAUUCUCGGUAUUGUAGCUGCAACGUAUCCAACCCCAAUGGUAGAUUCUAUCAAUUUCAUUGUUGAAGUUAAAUUCUCUGCAACACUCCUGUCUUUAACCUCUUGUCUCGUGCCGUUUUCUGACGAAGCUAUUCCUCCCUCUGACCAGAUAAGCCCGACUCGGCUGAUUGAGUCUCUUUCUUGGCUUUAGAAAGACUUAUUCUGUUUCUUUCUCUCUAAAACACAGUGCAAUGUUUCAGUGCAAAUGAGAAGAGGAGGAGGUUUUUAUUUGUGUUUUUCUUUGUGAAACACGUUUGAUUAAAUGCGCCAGUAGGCUAGUUUGUUAUUAUUGUGGCAAAUACUUGUUUUGAUUGCACUUUUUCAGAUUUUUAGUCAGGGUUAAUUGUUAAAAAUGAUAUUUAUAAAUUAGAAACUAGAUGCACAUUUUUGAAAAAAGAAAGUAGAACAGGUAAUGCUUCAAAGACAUUACAUUUAAAGCUCUAGAAGUCAUAACCUUUUUUGUUAUAUUUAUGAAAGAAAGCCUUAUUUCUGGGAACUUACUACAUGCUUUUUUGUUUUAGAACCAUGGUUCAUGGUGUAAUGGAUUUUGAACAAUUUUAAAGGGAGGCAAUAAAAAUGAAAGUAGUCUAAAAUAUUUUUGUUUAUAUUUUACUUGCUUAGCUUUAUUGUCCAAGAUUACCCAGCCACAAACCAGUACUUAAAAGUAACAACACUCAUCAGACACUACUGCUUGCAACCCUGAUUAACAACUACUAAAAGGACCAAACGAGUCAUGUAUGUAUAAGAGACACCGCCAUUCCAGCAUUGUGCGCCGAGUAGCUUUCCCAACACCAGCAAUAUGUAAUGUAUUAAUGUUCAUAGGUACGAAUGGACCUGUAGCACCUGAACAACGGACGCUGUUCUGCUUGUCAUCAUUUCAUGCUGCUGUGGGAAAUAAACAACAGGCUCACUGCUUUGUGCGCUUUUGGCAUCAUCCGGUCGGCCUUGUGUUUCACUUGAAUUCCUGCUGAUCCCUUCAGUCUUCUGAAUGAGUUUGAACAAAGUUUGUAAAUGUACUUUUGCGUUUUCUUAUGCUGAGUUAAAGUGAACUAGAUGUUGCAGUUGUUGUUUACUUUUUUGAUAUUUUAGUGAUGAUUUGAACAUCUAGUUUAUGUUUUGUUGUUUUAAAAAAAAGCUGUUAUUUAAGAAAAAGGGGGAAAAAAAGGUCACACGGCACACAAAGAUGAGUGUUUGGAAAGGCUGUAAGAGGAAAAUAUGUUCAAAGAAAAGACCCUGGAUUGUGAAAUAUCUCAGAGCGCUAAAUAAAAUCCAUUAGGUUCUCCCAUUUUAUUUCACUGAGGAGCUUUUUUUAGCAGUUUAUUAAGUCUGUUAUAUUUAUUCUUUAGAGUGGUUUAGUGCAGUAACUUCAAAUGUCAUUCAGAGCUACAUGAAAAAAAGAAAAGACUGCAGUUCCACAUUGACCAAGUCUUUAACUUGUGUGCUGAGCGGAUGAUUCAGUUGUUUUUCAGGCCAUGUUCUGUUAGGUUGUUAUACACGGUUAAUAUCUUUUGUGCAGCAGGUAACUCUCUUGGUGUCUGCAUCUAGUAUAAAUCCUGAUCAUUAUCCAAUUGGUCGUGCAGGCUGACGCCAACAACUAGUUUGGGAAUACAUCUGCCAUCUUACAACAAUAAGUUGCAUAAAACAUUAUCGUGAAGUAAAUCAGUGUCAUUUUAUUAACCUUUACACCACCGUAAUGUUUCCAUUCGGUGUUUAUGGAUGCAGAAAUGAAUAUUUUCACAGGAAAUUUAGGUUGGAAGCGUGCAUCACCAUUUCUGUUCCUACGGGAAACGUGUGGAGAGCAGAGCAAACAAAGCCCUUACAGUCAGAGUAUCUGCUUAAUAUAAAAGUAAAGCAGUAUAAAAAUAACAGUAAUAAAAACAUCCACUUUUUCUUACACAGUGAGCCACAAGUUCCUGCAAAUAGUUACAAUUCAUGAAUAUUUUAAACAGCUUUGAAAAUGCUUUUAACUGCCUUUAAUAGUUCAGACAUCAAAUCCUUGUAUGGAUAGAUUCGAACAGUGGAAACAAUCUUAGCACUACUGCAGAAGCUAACAUCCAUGGGCUUUCUUAUUUUUGCUCUCAGGGGGUAAAAAUCAAUCAAGGAAAGGCUCUCCUGGAUUGGUUGCUUUCCGAACUACACUCAAAAGUUCCACGGAAAAAUCUCCAUUUAUUGAACAUUCCUUUGCAUAUCUAAAAAUGCUUUACAUGUUCCCCUCUUCGAGUGCGUUCACACAGGAAGAUCAUUGGUUAUGCACAACCUCCAUUUCCAUUGUUAAAAGAAAUGGACUGUUAUGCAAAUCCCCAUCCAAUGCAAACACGACAAUCUCUUAAGGCACAUAAAAUAUCGUUUGUAUUUUAGAGAUUGAAGUUCUUUUGAGACCCCCUUUGGAAUUGCCGCCUGUCGGACUGCCAUCAGGUUCAGCCUCUGGGACAAAGUCAAUCUGUCUUUAUACAAAAAAAGAAGACACCAAGAGAGAGUCCUACUGAGCUUAAAAUUUUACGUAAGUUCAAAGGUUCUGAACUAUACUAUUCAGUCUGAAGUAGUUUCCUUCUUUCAUCUCCUUUAGCGUCACCUGAAGUAAAAUAAAAGAAGAAUGCGGUGUUGGAAAAUCUUCCACAUCCUGUAUAUGCUCCGCAUUUCACCACUGCCAAUGCCUUCGAAACCUGCCAGUCAAACUGAGGGACGCUUAGUCACACACCUGCUGUAAAAAAAGAAAAAAAAAAAAGUGCUAUGUUAUUGAGUAGCAGUAAUUGUGCGGGUAAAUGUUUGGUCUCCCUUUAGACCUGUCCUAAAAAUGUACUUUUUGACUUAAAACAAGACGCCGCAACACAGACGAUCCUCCAUUUUCAUGCUCGGAUGUUGUGAACCUCUGCUGUCAUCAAAACAUCUACUUGAUCUGUUUCAAAGAAUAUGAUACAUAUAGAGCAGAUAAACCUAGCGUGUAAGCUGUACAUAUAGUGUGUGGAUUGAUCACUGUGUUUUUCAUCCUCCUGUACAAAUUGCUUAAAUGAUAUAUUUGUAUGCAAGAUAGACCAAUAAUGCCACAUUCACCUGGAAGUAACAGAGUAGACUCAUCUUGUCAGUCAGCAUGAGAUCAGCAGUAGAAACUAUCAAACCUGACAAUAAAGAAAACUCUUGUGUGGUC